GCGGCGAAGGAGAAAUUCCCCUCCCCAACCAACAGGAGGCGCCGAGGGGCCAUAGCCUCAACGUACUCCCAGCUCGCGUUCUCGGAGGCGCUCCUUUUUUACGUCACUUCCUUCGCCGGUUUCUUGCGGCCCCACCUCUUCACCCGUCGCUGGUUGAUGACGCUCCAGAGCGCCCGGUUGUCUUCACAGUCUGGUGCAGCAACAUCCGAGGAAGAAAAUAUCCAGACAGUGCCUCACCUCUUUCCUUACGAACCCACACUGUGGCAGCCUCAUUAAUGCAGAUGGCCAUGCUGAAGUGUGGACAGAUUGGAAUGAUAUGUCCAAGUUUUUCCAGUAUGGAUGGAGAUGUACCACUAAUGAAGAUGCCUAUUCAAACCGUACCCUCAUGGGCAACUGGAACCAGGAAAGAUAUGACCUAAAGAAUAUCGUGCAGCCCAAACCCUUGCCUUCCCAGUUUGGACACUAUUUUGAAACGACAUAUGAUACAAGCUACAACAACAAAAUACCACUUUCAACCCAUAGGUAUAAGCGAGAGCCUCACUGGUUCCCAGGACAUCAACCUGAGCUGGUUCCUCCUCCAUACAAAUGCAAAGAAAAGUCAACUUACAUGAGUAGCUAUUCAGAGCCUCAAAUUGAGCAUCACUCUGUUUGUGUGUGGAAUCCUAAUAACUGCCAAUUUCAGAAUCCAUGAUUCUAAGAAAGAAUAAGAAGUUUCAUUUUUCUAGCGUAGAAUGUAGGAAGGAGCACAUUCGAAGAACAACUAAGAAUUUAGCUGACUGUAGCACAAUUUCACUCUCUGAAUAAAUAAAGCACAAAAAAAUAUUCUCUAU